AUGGAUCUCUCGACGGCGAUGUGGACGGCGGCCGUCGUCGGCGCUAUCGCGGUCUACUGGUUCGUAUGGGUGAUGGGCUCAGCGGAAGUGAAAGGCAAACGGGCAGUGAACCUUAAGAUGGGAUUGAUCAUGCGGGAUAAGGUGCAGGACAAGUACAAGCAGUACUUGUCCUUCUUUCUCCGCUCCAAGGAGGGCAUUGCCGCCGCGCCCGACGACGAUAACGUCCCUGCCUUCGUUGACACCUUCUACAACCUCGUCACAGACAUCUACGAGUGGGGAUGGGGGCAGUCCUUCCACUUCUCGCACUCACUUCCCGGCCGCACCCACCGGGAAGCCACACGCAUCCACGAGGAGCUCGCCGCUGAUCUGAGAGAUGGGGAUCUCCUCUCUCAGAUCCCCAUCCGAGGUUGCUCGCUCCUCCUUCCCUUCACUAUGACCGGCAAAAGGAUGGCCGCCCCAUUUCUCUUGCUGCUAAUCGUGUCCUGCUAA